AUGGAUCCCAAACCCUUUUUUCUCAAUAUGCAGAUUGAAGAAUUUCUGGCGACAGCUGAUGAAUAUAAUCAAGAGCCUGUUUCAAAACGUUCACCCAUGUCUGGAGAAAUGCUUUGCAAGCACAAGGAACAUUUUGCUCAUGGACUUUGUGAAAAAUGCUACAAUAAGUUCAUUAAACUAUCGGGUGGACUAGAAGGUGCAGACCCUCCAGCAUUCCAACGAGCUGAAAAGCAAAGAUUUGAAGCUGCUAAAAGAGCUGAAGAAGCGGCUGCAGUUAAGGAGGCAGCAGUGGAAGAAUCGCUUUGUGACACACAGAACUCUAAUGUUGAGAACACCAUAACUCCUAAAGAGGUAAUAGCUACUGUACAGAGGAAUGCUCAUACCAUGGGUAUAAGAGGAGAUAAAUCUUCAACUAUUGCAUCUGAGGAACUAAAUGACUCUGUACUAUCCAAGGAUCCUGAAGGGGGAGGUGAAAAUUGUGAAGGUGAUGUUGAAACAGAAAGCCUUUCUGAUAUUAACGAUGUUGAUUGGUACCUUCACAAUGAGGAAGAAACACAAUGUAAAAAUAUUCUGGGAGGAAAUGAACAGAGAGUACCUUCAGGAUGCUACUACCUGCUGUUUGGUUUACAGGAACAAGCAGCGAAAGAAGCUUUGGCAGCUAGAGGUGUUGUGCAAGAGGCAAAGAAAAAACGAAGACGCAAUGAAGACACCAAGAGCUCAAAACCUGCUGAAACACCAGCAGAAGUGACAUACAACAUGCUGAAACGGAAGGGACUUGGUUCAAAGGUCAGUGAGGGAGCUCUUGGCGAAUUAUACAAGACUCUAGAUGAAGAUGGCAACAUAAAUGAAAAAGGAGAGAUGGACUUUGAGGCACAGUAUGGGCUGAACAAUGCUGAUGGUGAAACAUUCAAUCAUGUUUUGGCACAGUGA